AUGGCUGCGAAGACAGUGUCAUCUACCGAUCCAGCCGGCGAUCCUGACGACAUCCAUAUUGAUGCUUGUCUCCCUAUAACUGCGUUGAAGGCGUUUGACCUGGGAGAUGAUGGCUUUGUUGUGGAGGGCCAAGGACCUCAUGCGCGGCUUUUCGACGAGAGCGGUGGAAAGCUGCUAGGCAGUCUAAGAGUCUUCAAAAGAAGCAACAUCCAUGGAUUCAUCGUUCUCAGCCAAGAGCAGCGGGGCAUCAAAGAUGCACACGCUCGGCUUCUUAUAUGGGGAGGGGAAUCCCUAAGAGUGGUUGACCUUUCGAUUACCCAUGACACUCUCUCUGGUAAACCCGACGUCUCUCUUCGGGCUACAUGUGCGGAGUAUGUGGCUCCAGACUGGAUCAUGGCCGGCUGUGUGCCUGAAGUGAACAAUACCGAAGUAAGAGCAUACAUGGUAACGGCCCACAAUGCUGUUCUCCGUCUACGCUUGAUGGAAGAAAGCUCCGCCGAAUAUGAGACCAGUAUCCAUCUGGAUUAUCUAGUGGCUGGAGUCAAGACUCUCCUCUAUUCCGCUGACAUCAUCUCGUUCUCCUCGUCUCACAUCCUGAUCGCUGCUGGAACAGUUUUCGGUGAGAUCAUUGUUUGGUCUUGCUUUUUGGACGAGGGCCAGAGUCUAAGCACUGGCGCUGUCGCCUCAAUCCACCACUUUUUCACCGGACACGAGGGGUCCAUUUUUGGAGUUAGGAUCUCUCAUGAAAUCACCUCCUUGCCUGGUUGCUCCUCGGGAAGGUUUCUGGCUAGUUGUAGUGACGAUAGGACUAUCAAGAUCUGGGAUAUAUCCGAUUGCCAAAAGUCGUCUCGUCACGAUCCUUCGGCCUAUUCCACCGACGGUUUCGACCUGCGAAGUACCGGCUUCGGCGACAGUGCACUUGGCACCGAAUCUUGCAUCGCCAGCGCUUUCGGCCACCAGGCGCGGAUCUGGGAUGUGUCUUUCCUACCGACACAAGCAGGAGAGGAGUGUAAAUUGAACCUUGUCUCGCGUGGCGAAGAUGCAACCUGCUUUGUGUGGGAUCUCAGCUGGGACCCCUCUUCCGAACAAUCAGAGUUCAAGCUAAGUGAAAUAUCCUCCGUACGCCAACAUUGCCAGAAACACAUUUGGUCUUCGGAGAUUCGUAGGACCGGCACGCAAACGAUGGUCUAUACCGGUGGCGCAGACGGUGCGUUGAAGGUCUUCAAGAUGGAGGUUGGUGAGAAAGGUGCCCUUGUGCUUCCAAACAGGAAUCGGCGCAUCAACUACGUUGUCAACCCUCAUGAUUCUGAGCCUAAAUUGGAAAAAACCACGAAAAAACUUGGUUUCGUCUCCCCAGAUUGCUUUGUCGCGGCUACGACCCAAGGAGAGAUUCAAGUCUGUCGGAUCGAAUCUUCAGUGUCAGCCGAAAGCUAUAUCUCCCAAGAGACUAUCUCUGUGGAAGAAGACCUCCGCUCAUACUGUGCGAUUGCCGGUCUACCGAAGUAUGGGAUCGCUCUUCUAGGGAGUGCUAGAGGAACCAUACGGUUAUACGACCACAGCACCAAGUCUCUAUCCUUAGUGGCAGAGACAAACCAAAUGCCGCAGGGAUUCUUUGCCCUCGAUUAUGAUCGCAGCACGACCGACAAGUCAGGAACCCUCUUCUUCCUUACGUCGCACGCCAGGUUCGACAAGGCUGAAUUGUUCAUGGUGUCGAUUUCGGAGAACGAGAAACCGCAGAUAAAGAACAUCACAGUCUCCCUCCCCAAACGCUUCGUCGUGGGAGAUGCAUCCCUGAUUUGCGGCAAUCGGUACCUGGCACUAGGAUCCCAAGGGGGGUCACUUGCCAUUUACCAGCUAGAAUCGAUGGAGCCGCUUCUGCAACCUAUCAUAAAUGUAUACAUCCACCCCGAAGGUAUCAAUAAGAUUGAUUCUUUCUAUUCACUCUUCGGUGAGGCGGGUAGGUCGCAGACUUAUUUCCUUACCUGUGGUCGAGAUGGGUUCUACGGCAUCCAUACACUAGAGGAGAAGCUACAAGACUCCCAAGGAGUGUCGUUCUCUUUCCGAACGGUUCAUCGUUCAACUCCACUUCCCAGGUAUAACAUCACGGGUGCCUACAUUGACAAGGUAUCUGGCGAUCUCAUGCUGCACGGGUUCUCGGGCACAGAUUUCAUCUUAUGGAAUGAGUCGACUCACUCCGAGUCCGCUAGGAUGACCUGUGGUGGUAGUCAUCGAAUCUGGGCUUUUCAGCCUAGUUACACGAGCCCCAACUCGGGUCUGCUUGUAUGGCUACAAAACCACCUCACUGCGUUCCAGAUCCAAGGCGAUGCCAACUGGGCUUUACGUGCGGGCAGUCAUGGACGGGAAAUCAAAACGAUGUGUGUGUCGCCGGCAAAUGACGAAAGAGGAAUUCUGUAUGCCACUGGAGCUGAGGAUACUGCCUUGCGGAUAUUUGCGCCGAUUGACCCGAAGGAGGAGAGUCGAUGGGGCGCGUUCAAGUGUCUGCGGGUUCUCACGCAGCAUCAGACCGGGUUCCAGCACGUGGCCUGGUCGAGAGAUGGGAAGUUUCUCUUUACGGGGGCCGCGAAUGAGGAGUUCUUUGUGUGGAAGAUACGCUCAGUUCCUCUGUUUGGCUUGGUGGCCAACCUUGUCGCCUCGAGCCCCAAGAGCCAUCCCAGCUCCGACCUCCGCGUGACCAGCUUCGACAUGAUCGAGAUCGAGGGCGCAGAGGCCGAGGGUGACUUUUUGCUCUGCAUGUCUUACUCGAACUCCACCCUCAGGAUCUUCCGCUACACGUCCUCGGCCAGUGAAAACAAUUUUACGCUAUUGGCAAAGGGCACAUAUACCAGCAAUUGCCUAACAGAGGCACAAUUCAUCCUCCGCGACUCGUCGCUGGUGAUGCUGACGGCAUCCACGGACGGAUACCUCACCCUCUGGAACCUGACCUCCGUGAUCGACCCUUUCUUCACCAUCUCGUCCGACUCAUCGACCUUGCGUCUAAAACAACCCAUCGACGCGACAACGAUCGCGCCCGAGGAGAUCACCUGCGAGAACCGGUACCAGGUCCAUUCCAACAGCAUCAAAGCUGUUGAGAUCGAGCACAUCUCCGACGUUUCGUCGUUGAUCAUUGCCGGCAGCGAUGACAACUCGUUGACUCUAUCGCUCUUGAAUACGAAUUUCACCCAUGCUGAAGCCAGUGACCAUGCGUACACGGUGUCUAUCCCCGAUGCGCAUACAGCGUGCGUGACCACGGUUAAGGUCCUGGAACGGCAGCUGUCGUCCGAUGGUAAGACGACUCACAUCACUGUCGCGUCCUCUGGAAACGACCACCGGGUCAAGAUCUGGAAGAUCGAGGUCGAUGCGUCAAAGGAGGGAUUCGAGGCCAUUCAGGUCCAGAACGUGAUCGACAGGUACAGCUCCGUGGCGGAUAUUUCGACGGUGGACAUGAUCCGGGAGGAGACGGGCGAGAUGAAAUUACUUGUGUGUGGAGUUGGGAUGGAGAUGAUGAGCGUUCAAUUGCAUUAG